UUUCACUCCAAUAACACACACACGCUUUCUGUUUCUGCUUCCCCUCUUCUUGAUCUCUAAGAUCAUCAAGAAGAGCUUGGAGGCUUGAUCGUUCCUCUGUUCAUCACGCGGUGUCAUCGUCUUCCUCUGUUAUUGUUCUUGGAAAUGGAAACCCCGUCAUCCGCGAGAAGGAUCACAAGGUCGCAGGCCGCGGCCGCCGCCAAUGCCCAGAAGAGCAAGCAGGAGGAGUCGCAUCCAAGAUCAAGAAACGGCGGGGAUCGCGAGGCCCGCGCGGCGCUGCUCGACAUCACCAACGACUCGCCCGUCGUGGGGCUCGCGACCGGGUGCCUCCCGGUCGAGAAGACACCCUCGUCCUCGGCGGCCAAGAACCCGGGCCGGGCCGGGCGGACCACCGCGUCGGGCGAGGAGGUGCUGCGAGGUCAGGUGCGGACGCUGCUGCAGAAGGUCGAGGAAGAAGCGGAGUUCGUCGGCCGACCCACCUCCGGCCAGCGUCUGUUCCCUGCACUCUUGGGCGUUUCAAUAUAUCCGGCGCAGAUCCUCGCCCCGACCCCAGCCAACACGCCGCAGAUCCCCAGUCUGAGUUGUUCGGCAGGAGGAGGAGAAGGCUACGACUCGAUGGAGGUCGCAACACCCUUCGUUCUUUCCGAAGAAGAUCAUCGGAAGGUCGUGGUGGCUUCCAAUCCGCAGGAUCCCCUCGGUCCUCAAGAAUGCGUGAUCAACCGGGCAUUGACGUUCGACUCGCCCGAGAAAUCAGAAAUGUCGGGCAUCUCCACCGUCACUUCGUCGCCAGCGUACCAAUCCGGCAGCGUAAGCAGCUUCCAGGAGAAGUCCCCUGAGGACGACAACUCCUCCAUCUGGUCCAUCCAGGCCAAUGCGAGUGCCCACUCGGAUGGUGACGACGACGAACUGUUUGAAGACGUCGACGAAGACGAAGAAGAAUACGAGGAGGAGGACGACGAAGAAUUGUUGGGCGACUUGUGCGAGGGUAUGAAGAAGAUGUCAAUGCUGGGUGACGAAUUCGCAGGAAAGCACACAAGAUUCGUUUACAACAGUGACGACGAGAUCCAAGGAGAAGAGGAAGUGGCGAGAAGAAGCGCUGUCUCGCCGAGCGCGUUGGUGCUGAAGGGCCUGCCUGCGCCUGAGGGGAAGCACCUCCGCUUCCAGGAGGAAGACGACUAAGGUAAUUCGACUGGUUGUCAUACUGUGACACCAUUUUCCUUUGCUGGAAUGUCUCACGAUCAUCAAAAACUGGAUGGAAAUCGAUGCAAUAUCGCUAUUGAAUAAAGAGAAUUGGAAUCAACAAGCAAAGAAAUCCACAGCAUUUUGCAGUAACAAUCAUAAUUAGUUCAUUAGUUUGGGACUUUUACAUCACUGCUUGCAUGUAAGUCCAGUUCAAGACAAUGCGAUAAGACACUCUCUCUCAAAGUCUUGAGACAGUGUAUGAAGGCAUUCUCUAGUCAACCGGAUCCCAAUGUGGAAAUGCAUUGAGACGCUUUCUGUCUCUCUCAUA